GUGCGUACACACAAACAGACGCUAGUGAUCCAGUUGUAGUCCUGACCAUCCAGAUGAGUGUCAAAAUGAGGACGUUAGCCAUUCUUUUUCUAGUUUGCUUCCUGCGUCGAGCUGUCGGAAUGAGUGUGGGAGAUUUCAUGCAAGAGUCCAGAAGGAAGGUCCGAGAGGUCGAUGCCCCAGCACCCAUCGACUGUAAAAUGACUGCCUGGUCCCAGUGGGCACCCUGUGACCCUUGCACUAAAACCAUGCAUCGUUCAAGGGGCAUCGAGGUGUUUGGGCAGUUUGGAGGUCAAAGGUGUAUCGAGUCUAUUGGAGAAAAAAAACCCUGUGUACCAACGACUGAAUGUGUGGAAGAUCCCCCCCCUGUCUGCACAAGCUCUCAGUUCCAAUGUGAAUCAGGUCUGUGUAUUCACAAACGUCUGGUAUGCAAUGGGGACAACGACUGUGGUGACCAUUCUGAUGAAGCAGAAUGUGAUAGAAUCCGGCCUCCAUGUGACAACAUCGCUGUGAUGGAGUCCGACAUUGGCCGGGCCGCUGGAUAUGGCAUCAACAUUCUGGGAUCUGGCCCUCGCAUGAACCCAUUUAAUAACAAAGUUUACAAUGGAGUAUGUGAGCGGGUCAAGGACCCAUCCACACUGAAGUACGACAGAGUACCCUGGAAUGUUGCUGUCCUUCACUUUGAGACUAAAGUAGAGGAGUCCAGUUCUAAAGAGAUCUAUCAAGACACUCACUCUUUGAUUAGAGAGCUGAGCAAAGAAACCACCUACCAAAGCACAUUGGGACUGUCCUUUAAGUUCACACCCACUGAGUCAUCCACUCAGAAGAGUAUAUCUAUCCUGGAUGCCUCAGGUGGAGUAGACACUGAGACUGAGAAGACGAGCAUGGUCAAAACCAUCACUGAGUACAGCAGCACCAAGGGUAAGACCUUCUUCAGGGUAAGAGGCAAAGUGCAACUAGGCACAUACAGGCUGAGGUCACGAAGCCUGGAAGUAUCCGAGACAUUCCUGGACAAUGUGGAUGCCCUGCCUAUUGAAUAUGAAAAGGGCCAGUAUUAUGGCUUCUUGGAGGACUAUGGAACCCAUUACACCAAAAAUGGAAGAGUAGGAGGGGAAUAUGACCUUGUUUAUGUGCUCAACGAUGAUGUAGUUACUGAAAAGAAGGUGACAGAAACGAUGCUGAAGGACUGUUUUAAAAUUGGUAUUAAUGCUAAGUUUGAAGUUGAUACAUCUCUGGGAAAGUUUGAACCAGAAAUAAAACAUCCACCAUCAGGCGAGUGUAAGACACUGACAGACAAGAUUACAGAAGGUGGUGGUGAAAACAAAGCAAUGAUUGAUAAGGUGAUAAGUGCAGUGAAGGGAGGCUCCCCGCAGUCAGCAGCAGCCAUGAAGUCUCAGCUCAGUAAAGAUGGUGUGCUGGACUGGCAGCACUAUGUGGAGUGGGCGAGGACGCUCGGAGAACUGCCUGCCCUCAUCUACAGUGAGCCCGAGCCCAUCUACAAUGCGAUUCCACUGAGUUUCCCGGACGCCCAGCCCAGAAGAGUGAACCUGCAGAGGGCACUGGAUGAGUACGUGGCCGAGUACAGUGUGUGUAAGUGCCAACCAUGCCACAAUGGAGGCACCGUGGCCCAGAUAGAUGGAGAGUGCGUGUGCCUGUGUCCGCUGUAUUUCGAAGGCAUUGCCUGUCAAAUCCUUCGUCACGAACUAAUGAAAGAUAAGAGCCAACCUGUUCAACAGCAGGGCAACUGGGCCUGCUGGUCAGCCUGGUCCAGCUGCAGUGGUGGACGCCGCACUCGUACACGCACCUGCACCACAGGUGGCAUUGCAGGAGCUACCUGUAAAGGAGACACAGUCAGCGAGGACUAUUGUUAAAUUAGCUGUCUAAUACACACCUACACAUUGCACACCCUCUGGUCCUCUUAGUUUCUUAAUAAAACAACAGUUUGUCCAGAAUAAAA